AUGGUAGCUACUACACAGGUCAAGAGAAAGAGAUCAGGUUCUGUCUCGGGCCAAGGUUCUAAGCCAACCAUCUCCAAGGAUGUGUUGAUUAAUGUCUUGAUGAAAAACGGGAAUCCAAUCACAUCUGAAAGCGAUCAGGAGACCCAAGAACAAUAUAGUGAGAAUGAGAAGUCAGACACUAUAUAUGAGGAAGAUGAAGAAAGUGAAGAUGAUGAGAAUGAGAAUGAUGGUGAUGAGAAAGAAGCCGAUGCUCACAAAUCCAAGAAACAGAAAACUAAUAUGAACGCAAAGGAUAUACAGAUAGCGAGAGAAACCGCAGAGUUAUUCAGAUCAAAUAUUUUCAAGUUACAAAUAGAUGAGCUUGUCAAGGAGGUGAAACUCAACGAGUCCAAAAUCAAAGGCGUUGAAAAAUUUUUGCACAAAUUGUACGACGCCAUUCAAGACAUCAAAGAAACUGAUAAACUCGGGCUUGACAAAAUCAAUGCAAUCUUCUCCAAAACUACUAAACAUCCAAAAUUUCAAAGAAUAAACGUGCCAUUUGCUGACCCAAAACCUGUUAAUAUUAAUUAUAAGUUACAGUACUUGAAACCAAAAGAUAUUUCCCUUGUCGGGUCGUUUGGUCUCAAAAAUGGUAUCCAAUUACCAUUCAACAAUAUCGUUGACUUGAAUGUCACAAUGCCAAAUGAAUUAUUUGAAAAGAAGGACUAUUUGAACUACAGGGCGUUCCAUAAAAGAUCAUUCUAUUUGGCUUAUAUCACUAGAGAAUUAUUGAACUCUGUGGGUACUAACUUGAGUUUCUUGAAAUUCCACUAUGAAUACGUUAAUAAUGAUAUGUUGACUCCUUCUUUGAGAAUCGAUUGUGUUGCCAAUGACGUCGAUAAUGAACUCAACUUCCAUAAAUCGAAAUUUUCCAUACGACUUAUUGCCUCCUUCCCAUUUGAUGCCUUUGAUUUUAAGAAACUUCUUCCUGAUAAAAACAAUAUAAGAAUCCAGCUACCUAAUGAAGAAGAUGAUCAACUACCACCAACUCCUAUUUAUAACGCUUCUUUAAUCACCAAUUCCACCUAUGAUCAUUAUUUGAAACUUCUAUAUAAAACUAAGAAACAGGUUGAAAAUUUCCAUGAUGCCUGUGUUCUCGGGCGUCUUUGGCUCUUACAACGUGGGUUCAAGUCAGGUUCAUUUAGCCAUGGAGGUUUUGGUCAUUUCGAAUUCGCAGUUCUUAUGGCGCUUCUUUUGAAAGGUGGUGGCUUGGACGGUAACAAGAUCUUACUCUCAGGAUUCUCAUCGUAUCAGUUGUUCAAGGGUACCGUCAAAUAUUUGGCGACUGUUGAUAUUGCUGAACAUGGUUACUUGUCUUUCCAUUCCAACGAAUCUAUCGCUAAUCAUGUUAAAUACAGUACCGACGGUUUCCACGUCCCAGCAAUCUUUGACAAAACAACCAAGCUUAACAUUCUUUGGAAAAUGUCGAUUGCUUCUUACCAAUUAAUCAAGCAUGAGGCCCAAAUCACUUUAAAUUUACUAAACAAUGACACCAAGGAUACAUUUGACGCAAUUUUCCUCAAGAAAAACGACAUUCCAUAUCUUAAGUACGAUUUGAACAUUGAACUACCAAUACCUGCCCCAAAACACUCUAAGGAUGAGAAGAUCAGUGCAGAUAAUGGAACUAUUGAGUUUAAUGCCGGUGAAAAAAUCACAUUUAUCAGCUACGAGAAUUUCAUAAAGAAUAGAUUGUACACUAUCUUGAAAACUGGGCUUCAAGAUAAACUCAAGAAUUUAUCUAUAAAGAUUGUUGAUCAUUCGGUUAAAGAUUAUAAACAAGUCUCUGGGGUUCAAACUACCGUUCAUAAAAGAAAGCAUGAGCUUAACCUUAGUACUUCCAAAAUUCAUAUUGGUUUGAUUCUUAACCAACAAGAGUCAGAAAAACUUGUCAUUAGAGGUCCGCCAAAUAGUGACACCGAGGCAGGAGAGGAAUUUGAUCAAUUUUGGGGCGAAAAAGCAUCUCUCAGAAAGUUCAAGGAUAGUUCAAUUCAUCAUUGUGUAAUCUGGGAAGCUUCUGCUCAUGAACCGACUGUUUUUAGUGUGGUGAAAUAUUUGUUCAGCUUGCAUUUGGAUUACUUUGUUUCUAGCAAGGUUCAAACUACUUGCGGAUAUUUCCAAUCGAAAAUUCCCUUGCCAACCUUGCCUUCAGCAACUAAGACAUCUGUCGUCAAUGUCAAUAGUUACAAUAAUCUCAAAACUAGUUUUGAGAAUUUUUAUAAAGUGUUGAUGAAUUUGAAUGACAAACUUCCUCUUAAGAUCAAGACUUUACUUCCAAAUGGUUCUGCUUUCCGUUAUACUUCCGUAUUGGCCCCUGUGCCUUUUGCAGUUUCUAACCCGGAGUUCUUUCAAGAUGUGGUUCUCGAGUUUGAAUCUUCUAAGAAUUGGCCAGAUCAAAUCCAAGCCCUUGAAAAUACCAAGACUGCCUUCUUGCUCAAGAUUUAUGAUCUUCUUAAAGAAUCAAAAUCCAGUGAACACUAUCAUGUGUUUAUUGAACGCGAUGAUAUUUCAGUUCCUUAUAAUCAUGAUAUCACUACUUUGAAUGUAAUUACUCCAGAAGGGUUUGGGUUCCGUGUCAGAGUUCUUACUGAACGUGAUGAAGUGUUGUAUCUCCGUGCCAAUUCCAAUGUUUCCAAAGAUAAGAGAAGUGUGUUGGAGGAAGUCUAUCUCAAAUUCAAUCAAAAAUAUAUUGGUUCAAUAAAGCAUACCAGAUCUGUUUCUACAUUGGCCCAUCAUUUCCUUUAUCUUUCUCCGGUGAUUAGAUUGUUCAAACGUUGGUUAGAUGAUCAAUUAUUGUUAUCACAUCUCAACGAUGAGCUUGUGGAACUUAUUGCGUUGAAAGUGUUUGUUGAUAGUGAGUCAUGGCUUCCACCAUCGAGUGCUCAAAGUGGGUUCUUAAGAAUCCUUCAAUUUUUGGCCACUUGGAAUUGGAAAGAAGUUCCAUUGGUGUUAGACUUAACUAAAAAAUUAGAUAAAGAAUUAGAAGGCAGUGAAUAUGAGUUUCUCAAUACUUUGCACAAUGACACUGGUGCCGAUUUUGCGAAAUUGAGCGACAAAAUGUCGUUGCCACUUCAUCAUACUCUUGUUUCCAAUUUUGAGAAAGUUCGUGGUUCCGAUCCUCAAGGCAUGCGUACCCAAUACUUUAUUGGUACUAAAGAUGAUCAAUCUGGUAUUCUUUGGGGUAGUCAUGUACAUUUGCCAAUUGCCACGCGUCUUACUGUCCUUGCUCGUAUUGCGAUAUCAUUAAUGGAGACCCAAGGUAUUAAUGAAAAAACUGUGGAUAUGUUAUUCAAACCGGCGCUUGACGAUUAUGAUUUUGUCAUCCGUACUAAAGGCCCAGAAUCCUCAUCGAUUCGGGAGUUCAGUGGGAUCCAUUCUGCUUCUGCUUAUAAAAACUUGAGUUCUUUGCAAAGUCAUUUCAAUAGUUCUGGAGGUUUGAUUGAGGAUGCGCUCGUGAUGAAACUUGAUCCAAUGACCGAGUUGAUGCGCCAAUUAAAUGACAGGUACGGUAAUAUCAUACUUUUCUCUAGUCAUGAAAUUAGUGGGCUUCACAACAAGGGAGAAAAUGUCAUCACUGGGAUUUUCUACCCAAAUGCCAUUGGUGUCAAAUCAUUUAAGGUCAAUAUGGGGUACAAUUGUCAACCGGUUGAUGGGAAAGAAAACGAUGUUGUGAUCAAUAAAAAGGCAAUUUACGAUGAUAUUUGUAAAUUAGGCGGUGAUUUGAUCCAUAAUUUGUUUGUGAAAAAGAUUUAA